UCUCCUACUCCAAUGAUAUUGCUUAUCUCAUUCUCCUCCCUUUCUAUCUCUUUCUUAACGGGUUCUCUCAAUUCCAUCAUUUUCUUCUAUUUUUACUUGAAAUUUACUCCAAUUUUGGGUGUUUAAUUGCAGAUCAAAUCUUCCCCUGCUAAGUUUCUCUUUCCUCGUAUGGUUUUUUUUUUCUACUUGUUUUUUGGUUAAUCUUGCUGUUUUUCUAUUGCUUUAAAAUGGCGUUGAAUCUCCAGCGAGAAUGGCGUCGAUAAGGCAGCCGCCAUUGAUUCAUCAGAAAUCAUCUCUGUUGUCUUCGACAUCACCACCAUCUGUUGUGUGGAUAGACUCACCGUGAGUCUGUUCUACUCAAAAGUUUUGCAUUCUACAAUAAUCCCAAUUUUCACUUACAUUUUCUUUAAUCAAUCCCGAUUAUCAGUAACCUCAAAAAAGGGUUAACUAUGCCACGUGUUGCACGUUUAUUUAUUUUUUUUUAUUUUUUUGAAACAUGUUGCACAUUUAUUUGUUCAAAAAAGAUUUUAAAUUUAAUAAAAUAAAAUUUUAAAUUAAUAAAAAUAAGGAAUUUUUGUUUUUUACCACCUCACAAAAACACGAAAAUCUGUUUUACCACCUCCCAAAAAAAAGUAUUACUUUACCACCUCAUAAAAAACACGAAUAUAGGUUUUACCACCACUUAACGGUUUCCAUCCAAAAAUUCCGUUAAGUGUGGCCCACAGUAACACGUGUCAACAUUUUGUUUGUUAAAAAAAAAAGAGAAAUUAAAAAAAAACAAAAAAACCUAAAACUACUCCAGCCACUACCACAGCGCCACCCCCGCGCCACAACCGCCGCCUUCCCCCCAACUCACCACAACACUCCCCGAAAUCACCACCCGCGUUGCACCACCAUUCCCAACCCACCUGAACCCUCUCCGUCCCUUUCCCACAAUCGAAACACCCCCCAAAAACCACCAAACCCAAAACCCUCCUUCCCUAAUACGGUCACGAUUUCAGCCACAAAUGGCCUAAAUCGGCUGGUUUUGGGGCUGAGUGGCCUUAACCGGCCGAUUUCGGCCAUUUGUGGCCGGAAUCGUGGCUGUUUUGGGGGGAUUCGUGGUCAUUCAAGGUUGUGGGUCGGUGGUUUUUGGGUCGAUUGCGGUUGCGGGAGAGGGAAGGGGGCGUUCAGGUGGGUUGGAAAGGGAGGGGGAGGAGCCGCGCCGCUGGUGGUAGGUUCGAGGGGGCAGUCGUGGCUUGGGUGGUGGCGCUGUGGUGGUGGCUGGGUAGUUUUAGUUUUUUUUUUUUUUUUUUAAAUUUUUAUUUUUAUUUUUUUUUCUUUUUUUGGCCAAUAAUAACACGACACGUGGCUUUAUGGGCCCACUUAACAGUUAAGUGGUGGUAAAACCUAUUUUCGUGUUUUUUUAUGAGGUGGUAAAGUAAUACUUUUUUUUUAGGAGGUGGUAAAAGAGAUUUUCGUGUUUUUGUGAGGUGGUAAAAAACAAAAUUGCCUAAAAAUAAAAACAAAAAAAAAUCAAAACCCUUCCUGUCAAAAAAAAAAAAAAAAAAAAAAAAAAAAUCAAAAAUCAAAACCCAAGCCAAUACAUAGCCACUCGGAAAACCAACUCUUCUUCCCUCAAACACCGGCGACGACAACCACCCAACCACCGACGAUCGACGCCAUUGAGAAGUCCCCUCCUUCGAGCUUCGUCUUCGCGACAACGUCGAAGCUCGUCCAAUUCUAACCUCCAUUGAAGCGCCUUCUCAGAACCCUAAUUAGUUAACUUAAGGACGGAACUAUGAAAUUGGAAGAUGAUAAUUUACAUAUGGAAGAUGAUAAUUUACAUAUGGAAGAUGAUAAUCUGCAUACAUCAAACCUAGAUGAUGUUUUAGAUGAUAAAAAAGAGGUUGAAAUUAAAAAGAGAAUGCCAAAUAAAUUGAAUACGAGGGGAAGGAGAUCUUUCAAGCGAGUUGCAUUGUUAUUGACCGUACCUACGUAUUCUCUGAAAGUCGGUUCAUUGAAUGUGUGCCAUGAAAAUCGUAUUCGGUUGCGUUACCUUCUUCGCAAGCUUGUUGUACAACGCAAUUGGGUCGAUGCUAGUGGAGUGUUAAGUGCGCUUUUACAAGGGACUUGUAGAGAAAAAGCACCUCAGAGCAAUCGUUUCAAGUAUUGGGUCGCUAUGGAGCUUCUUCAACACAUGGAUUGUAAUCCAGAUCUUUACUCAUCAAGGAUUGAGCACUUGUAUGAUACGUGGAAGGAAAAGAUAAAGUCUAACAAGAGGUGGCCAUUGAAGGAUAGAUCUGUUCUGUUGGAGUACAUUCUUUUCUCUCUUGCACGAAAUAACCAUGACUCUGCCCGUCUUAGUUUGCAAAGUCUUCAGCAGGAAUAUGAAUCUGCAAGAGACCUGAAAUCUAAUUUGGUAAUGGGUUUGACCAAUUAUGAGUUGUGGUAUUCACAACUGCCAAACAAGAUGCGGCUGGGAAACUUAGAAGAGUCUUGCAUGCCUAUGGAGUCCGAGACUAUGAAAACCAACUCCUCUCAGGAACUUGAUAACCUGAACGAUGAGGAUGCAGCCAGUAUCUAUGAGACAUAUUCAGAGUUGCACUAUCAUUCAGAGACAUCUGUUGUGAAUGACAAGGACACUUGUGCAAAUGUCAAUCAAAAGCCAGACGUCAAGGUUUCUGGGGUCAAGCCAGUUGAGAAUGACAAGAAACUACAGUCACAGGAUUUCUAUAUGAGGUCUGAUGAAACAAGUGUAGAAACUGAUGGCUCAAAUCAACAUGCUUAUAAUCAAUAUCAAUGUUCUUCUGCAUAUAAUGUACACAGCUUGCAAUCACUGUUGCCCAUAAGAGUGCCUUCUUCAGAUAAUUUGAUGGACAUGCUCUCUUCUCGUCGACAGUUUUUUGGUGAUUAUUACAAGGAAGCUUUGAAGUUCUUAAAGCUUGCUCUUCAUUCUCCGCCUCCAAUCUCAGUGGCAGCAUUACUUCCUUUGAUACAGCUGUUGCUUCUUGAUGGUCGCGGUAAGGAAGCCUUAGCUAUUCUUGAGCAGUCCUGCAAUGAGUCAAGCUCAGUGCUUUCUUUUAGAUUAAAGGCUCGUCUCUGCGAGUGCUUUGAUGCAAACAAUUAUGAUAACCUCUCUGGAUGUUUCGAGGAUGUCAUGAAGAGGGAUCCGACAUGUAGGCAUUCGUUAGCAAGACUCCUGGACUUGAAUAAAAAAGGAGAGUAUUCUCCUGAACGUCUGGUGGAGAUGAUUUCUCUUCACUUGGAAGCGACGUAUGGAGAUCACACUUCAUGGAGGGAAUUUGCUUUAUGUUUGCUUAAACUUUCCCAGUGCGAAGAAGACAGAAUGUCAAUGUGUGUAGAUGGGGAGCAAAUUCAGAAUCAGAAUUUGCAUACUAUCCGGUUCAGUAGGACACCUCCCUCAUUUGUGGAGGGUACAUCGGUAAAGACUUGGAAAUUCCGCUGUAAAUGGUGGUUGAACAGCCAUUUUAGCAAGCACGUACUGGCAUCAGAAAUGGCAGAAGGUGACUCAAGGCUCAUGUCGUACAAGGCAGCUUGUGCAUCCCAUUUUUACGGGAAAGAGAUGGAAUAUGUUGUGAGGGUUAAUACAUAUCUGAACGAGCAUGAGAACGAUAGGACCUUGUCGUCAUUUUUAUACACACACAUGCAGAAUUCUGUAGGUUUUUUCUCUAAUCUUGUUAGAAAGUGACAUAACUUGCUAUAUAAUUUUAUUCGUCGAGGCUUUUUUAGAGUCAAGAUCUCGAUAGUUUAUUA